AAAAUAUCUAAAUUCUGGGGAAAAACCGAUAGUCAUAUAAAUAAUAAAUGGGCGAGGCAGAUAGACACGUAAGCACUGUGCAUGGUAGAAGGUCGGGAGGCCGUGGGUCAAUCACUCUCGCUCUCUUCAUCUUUUUCCACCUCUCUCUUCUUUCACUCUCCUUCCCCUCUCUGCUUUCUUCCAUCCGUUGUCAUCUUUUAUCUCUGUUGAUAGAUUUCUUUACUUCUAUUACUAUUCCUAUUUCUUCUUUCCUGGAUUAUACUACAUCCCCAAACUAUCUCGACCUUGUGGUUAUAUCUCCCUUCUUUGUUUGUUUUUGACCCGCGACUCGGAGCUUUUGCGCGUCAGACAAGGAGAUGCCUUAUCGUGUGGGUAUGUUGUUCAAUUUACAUCAUAGUUCUUGUUUUCUUUCAUUCAUUCAUUCAUUUACUUUUGACAAUUUGGUUUUGGUCAAU